AUGCGAGAAAGGGAGACCCUAAAAACGUACUCGGAUAGAUACUGGGAGAUGUUCAAUGAAAUAGAUGGGGAUUUUGAUAACAUAGCCAUAAGGACCUUCAAGGUCGACCUACCUGUCGAGCAUGGCUUAAGGAAAUUUUUGACCAGGAAACCCACUAACAGUGUGUGCCAACUCAUGGGCCGAAUUGAUAAGUAUAAGCGGGUUAAGAAGGACCAACAACAAGGGAAAGGGAAGGCUAAGGUUAUCCCUCAGGAGAAGAGGGAUUUCAAGAGGGACCACUACAACAAUAACCGGCCUCACAGGGACUUUGCUGGGAAAUUAGUGUCUACCACUACUCAAAUGAUUAACAUGGUGUUCCGAGAAACAGACCAAGGACACACCACAGAAGAUUGUAGAACCUUAAGAAGUCAUCUGGUGCAACUGGUCAAGGAAGGGAGGCUGAAACAAUUCCUACAUCAGCCCAAUGAACCAAGGGGUCAAACAGGAUCAAGAUUUCAAAGGAAUGCUUUUUCUAGAGCCCCUUUGGACACCAUUAAUGUCAUCUUUGCGGCCCUAGGAAGAACUGGUUCUCACCCUUCUAGGGUGAUGUCUGUAGCCCGACCACCAGCCGAGGACUCUAGACCUGAGCUAAAGAGGGCUAGAGUGGAAAACCAACCAUCGAUAAGUUUCUCUAAGAAGAACAAGGUUGGAACCGUACAGCCACAUGAUGAUGCCUUGGUGGUCAUCCUCAGGAUAGGGGGAUAUGAUGUUAGGAGGGUGAUGGUGAAUCAAGGCAAUAGGGCAGAGAUUAUGUACCCUGAUUUGUACAACGAACUGAGCUUGAAACCUAAGGACUUGACAACUUAUGAUUCACCUUUGGUAAGCUUCGACGAGAAAGUUGUUAUUCCAAGGGGCCAGAUUCGACUUCCCGUACAAGCAAGAUCAGAGGUGGUGGAGAUGGAUUUUAUUGUAAAAGGGUACUUAUUCUCCCUACACAGCCAUUGUAGCAAGACCUUAGCUUCAUGCCCUAGGAGCUAUUUCCUCCACUCUGCAUUUAAAGAUGAAAUAUCCAUCUGA